AAUUAGCCGUUAAGGAAGCGGAAAUUAACCAAUUAACCCAAGAGAUUGCCGCAAAAAACGAAACAAUUCCUAUUAGUAUGCGAAAUAAGCCUCAAUUCUUUAUUCAACCAAUUCCUUUGAAUACUAGAAACUAG